CAUGGCGGAUUUGAUCUCAUUGCCCGAUUUCCCACGAUGGGCUGUGAAAACUUAUCAUUUCGGAUCAUAUGUUUAGCUCUCCUAUUCUUUUCAUAGUAACUCUGCUAAUCGACGAAAAUAAAACGAGGAGAUGGAUCAUUUGUUCAGAGUUCAGUCGCCCUCUGUACAUUCUUAUUAAUAAUCGGAGGUAUGCAUCGGAGGGGUGUGGACACCGAGUGAACUGUGGGUCAAGGAACUAAUGAGUGAGUUUUUUGCCUAGGAAACUAUAUAUCCAUGCAGUGUUUGAGGAGCAGCUACAAUUUUCGAUUUUGCUGAACUUGGAGACCACAUCUUGUUCUUCUUCGUAAUAGUAGCUGGGCUGGAAUAACAAACGAAACACAACAAGGAAUGCAUCCCAUUUUUUCUCUGUCAUGUGUUUCUUCCAGGGAAAGGAUUCUAGAAGAAAAAAUUGGAGGUGAUAAGUCAAGUGCCUGGAAGAAGAACAACCAACAUCGACUACGAAUUCGACUAUUGGCGCGUAAAAUGGCGAACAACCAACGAGACGACAAAUUGCCUUCUAAUUGCAAUAUGCCCAGUCUGGCUCGGGCGGUUUUGGCGGAGUUUGUUGGCACCUUCAUUCUUGUCGCUAUCGGCAGUGGCAGCGUAGCUCAAUCGCAAUUGACGAACGGCAAAAAAGGCGACUACUUCACCAUCAAUUGGGGGUGGGCUUUGGGAUGCUCGUUGGGAAUCCUCGUUUCGGGCAAAGCAUCAGGUGGUCACUUGAAUCCGGCCGUGACGAUGGCCCUGGCCGUAGCCAAGGAUUUCUCCUGGAAGAGGCUACCUGCGUAUUGGUUAGCGCAGUACUCUGGAGCUCUGGUCGCCUCUGGCGCUGUUCUAGGCAUUUACUACGAAGCCAUAGCUGUUAGAAAGGUUGACGGUGAGUUUCGAAUUAAUUCCAAUUCAUCGGAACCGGAGCCCGGCUCGGCAGCCAUUUUCGCCAAUUAUCCGACCCCUUAUUCGUCUGUUCUUACCGGCUUAAUGGAAGAGAUUUUAUCGACCAUGAUCUUCAUGCUGAUCAUUUGCGUCGUGACCAAUUCGAGAUAUUCCAAAGUGCCGAAUUUCUUGCAACCGCUCUACAUUGGAUUCACGUUGCUGGCCAUCGGCGUGGCCUACGGAUCCAACGGAGGCUACGCUCUUAACCCGGCUCGUGAUUUGGCUCCCAGGCUAGUCACGUAUUUCGGAGGAUGGGGACCGCGCGUAUUUAGCUUCCGCAGCUACAAUUGGUUCUGGAUUUUCCUGGUCGGGCCACAUGUGGGAGCUCUUCUCGGCGUCGGCAUUUUCCAUGCCGUUUUCUUGCGAUUGGAGCAAACAGCGGUCGCAGCAGAUGGAACGGAUUCGCAGCUACCAAUGGUGGACUACGAAUAUGCAAUGGCCAACGUACCCGAUAACAAAUCAAGCGUCAUCAAGGUGACGAGAAGGCAAAGCCACGAAGAAUAUGUUGGAUGCAGCAUUGUCACGCCGAUGUGAUACCAACAUGACUUUCUCGUUGCGCCCACAAGAUAUGCAGAACCUUAGUAUUUUCUUAGGUAAAAGCUGAUGGAACAAACAACUCUAGACCGUCAUUAUAGUUUGUGUGUAGAUUGACACCGAGCGAUUUUCUAUAUUCAAAAGAUUUCUGUUUGUACGCCCCGUCAUGCGUGCCACCUUUUUUUGAGUUUUUGAGAAAGAAAAGCUUAGGAUUUGUGGCAGCUGUGCCGUCUCAGUGCGGCGUCGGAAUUCGUCCUCACAGAAUCGGGAUUUGAUGUAGAGCCAUCAUGGACAAGUAUUUCUAUUUCAUUAUCAGCUCCUGCAUGUUAAUUCCCUAAUAUUUAAUAUGAUUCAGUGAUAUUCAUUGGAUUCUUGCUCGUUAAAUCAUGUGCUACUUGAUCUAUCAUUAACCUUGCAUGUGUGAGCCAAUUCAGUAUCAAAAUACUUAUGAUGCGUAUCGAAUGAGACUCGUUCUCUUCAGUACGUGUUGCAGUUGUAUUAUCCAAAGUUGCCAAUUCGUGAUUUGAAGGUGCCACGUACUAAUAAUGAGUAAUGAACUAUUGACUGACAUGUAGAUGGAAACAACUCCAAUUUCAACAAACAAUUUACAUUUCUCUUUCAUGUUUAAAAUGCGUACAUCAUGAAUAAAGAUAGUAAAAGUAAUAAAAGUUUAUUGGGUUGA